CUGGUCAAGUACUUCAGCCGCCAGCUCUCGUGCAAAAGGAAGGUGGCCCGGCAGGAGCGCAGUGCCAAGCUGGAGGGCUUCCCUCAGCUCCUGCACUGGUUCCGCAUCGUGGACAUCCGCAAGGAGGUCAUGGAGGAAAUCACCCCUGGCCAGCUGAGCCUGGAGGACCUUCUGGAAAUGACUGAUGACCAGGUCUGUGAGACGGUGGAGAAGUUUGGGGCCAACAGCGAGGAGUGUGCCCGGCUGAAUGCCUCCCUCUCCUGCCUCAGGAGCGUCCACAAAUCAGGAGGCAGCCUUUCCAAGCAAGACUGGACCAUCCAGUGGCCGACGCCAGAAACAGGGAAGGAGAACACCCCUGUGUGCCAGCCCGAAUCCAUGCAGUGGAUCAGAACCCACCUUUCCCAGAGCCCCAAAGUGCAGUCCAAGUGCAUGCAGCACUACUGUCACCCGGGUUCGGCCCACGGACCCACGUACGCCCACGUGGAGAGACUGACUGUGGAGGGCUAUCCUGGGCUAUGUCCCCCACUGGAAGCCGGCCACCGCUCCUUGCCGCCGUCCCCCCGGCAACGGCACCCUGUUCACACCCCCCCACGGACGCCUAACAUAGUCACCACCAUGACUCCUCCCGGCACGCCGCCAGUGAGGCGGAGGAACAAGCUGAAACCUCCAGGGACACCGCCCCCGUCGUCCCGGAAACUAAUUCACCUCAUCCCCGGCUUCACCGCCUUGCACCGGAGCAAGUCACACGAGUUCCAGCUGGGCCAUCGAGUGGAUGAGGCGCACACGCCCAAAGCCAAGAAAAAGAACAAGCCCCUGAACUUAAAGAUUCACAACAGUGUGGGAAGCUGUGAGAACAUCCCCUCCCAGCGCUCUCCCGUCCUGUCCGAGCGCUCCCUGCGUUCCUUCUUUGUGGGACACCCGCCUUGCAUUCCUUCCACUCCUCCUAUCCACAUGGAAGCCACCUUCUCAGCAAAUACACUGUCAGUGCCUCGCUGGUCCCCACAGAUUCCCCGCCGUGAUCUAGGAAACUCAAUCAAACACAGAUUUUCCACCAAGUAUUGGAUGUCUCAGACAUGCACCGUCUGUGGGAAAGGAAUGUUGUUUGGAUUAAAAUGUAAAAACUGCAAGCUAAAGUGCCACAACAAAUGCACCAAAGAGGCCCCGCCCUGUCACAUACUGAUCAUCCACCGUGGAGGGAGACGAGCUGUCCGAUGCGAGGCAGAUUUGCAUUCCAAACCACUUCCACCCACCCUCCCCCUGCCACCUUUUCUUUUCAGAUUCCCCACAACGCGGGCAAGAUUAGUCCGGACAGAAUCUGUGCCGUGUGACAUCAACAAUCCUUUACGAAAGCCCCCGAGGUAUUCCGACCUGCACGUCAGCCAGACCCUUCCCAAGACCAACAAAAUCAGCAAGGACCAUAUUCCGGUGCCCUAUCAGCCAGAUUCCAGCAGCAACCCCUCCUCAACGACAUCCUCCACCCCCUCCUCGCCGGCCCCACCAUUACCGCCCAGCGCGACUCCGCCAUCUCCCCUCCACCCCUCCCCGCAGUGCACGCGGCAGCAGAAGCAGUUCAACUUGCCAGCUUCCCACUACUACAAGUACAAGCAGCAGUUCAUUUUCCCAGAUGUUGUGCCUGAGACACCGACCCGGGCGCCUCAAGUUAUCCUUCAUCCAGUCAAUUCUAAUCCAAUCCUUGAAGGAAAUCCAUUGCUUCAAAUUGAAGUGGAGCCAACCUCCGAGAACGAGGAGGGGAACGACGAGGCUGAAGAGUCUGAGGAUGACUUUGAGGAGAUGAACCUCUCCCUCCUCUCCGCUCGCCACUUCCCACGCAAGGCCAGCCAGACCAGCAUCUUUCUCCAGGAGUGGGACAUCCCCUUCGAGCAGCUGGAGAUUGGAGAGCUGAUUGGCAAAGGGCGUUUUGGCCAGGUGUUCCAUGGGCGCUGGCACGGCGAAGUGGCCAUACGCCUCAUCGACAUCGAGAGGGACAAUGAGGACCAGCUGAAGGCCUUCAAGCGGGAGGUGAUGGCCUACAGGCAGACGCGGCACGAGAACGUGGUGCUGUUCAUGGGGGCCUGCAUGAGCCCUCCCCACCUCGCCAUCAUCACAAGUUUGUGUAAAGGACGGACGCUCUACUCGGUGGUGAGAGAUGCAAAGAUUGUCCUGGAUGUCAACAAAACGAGGCAGAUAGCUCAGGAGAUUGUGAAGGGAAUGGGGUACCUGCACGCGAAGGGGAUCCUUCACAAAGACCUCAAGUCUAAAAACAUUUUCUAUGACAACGGGAAGGUGGUGAUCACGGACUUCGGGCUCUUCAGAAUAUCGGGAGUUCUGCAAGCAGGCAGGAGGGAGAAUAAGCUGAGGAUCCAGAAUGGCUGGCUGUGCCACCUGGCCCCGGAAAUCAUCCGCCAGCUCUCGCCUGACACGGAAGAGGACAAGUUGCCCUUCUCCAAGCCCUCAGACGUUUUUGCACUUGGCACCAUCUGGUAUGAGCUGCAUGCGCGGGAGUGGCCUUUUAAGACACAACCAGCAGAGGCAAUAAUAUGGCAAAUGGGAAGAGGGAUGAAGCCCAACCUCGGCCAGAUCGGCAUGGGCAAAGAGAUAUCGGACAUCCUUCUCUUCUGCUGGGCAUAUGAACAGGAGGAGAGACCCACCUUCACCAAGCUCAUGGAGAUGCUGGAGAAACUGCCAAAGCGGAACCGUCGCCUUUCGCACCCUGGGCACUUUUGGAAGUCGGCAGAGCUGUGACAGACGGCGUUGAGGGAUGGUGCCUUUCUCAUCCCUUCAGUUCUCCUCCUCCCCUUCCUCGCUCUUUCCUCCAUGCACUAAGGAAGACCAGAGGGUAUCAUGGACUGGGAGCAUGGAAGGAAAGAUGCUUCCUGCUCAUUCUCUCCCCAUCCCCAGAUGCUUACCCACUCUCCAGAAUAAUCAGCCAGCUCGGAUUGGACAGGAGGAACGCAGAAUUCCCGGCGGUGGUCUUGAAGGGAUACUAGGGGGAAAUGUCUGGGGAGAGAACAGGUUGGGAAGAGCAAUCACCAAGCAUUGUAUAGACUUGUCAUGGAGUCCCCCUCCACGCCAGCAAAGGCCAUGAGUGAGGGGGAUGUGAGAGUGUGUGUGUGUAACUGAUCUUUUGAGAUUUUUCCACUGGUUCAUACUGAGCGGGAAGCAACCAGCUUCAAUUGAGCACUGUGGCUUCCUGAGACCCCAAUCAGCUGUUCAGUGUGAAUGUGGGUCAUUUGGGGAAUAGUUUUCUUCCUCUUUUUUUUAAAGAGAAAUCUUGCUGCUCCAUCAGUUUAUCACUUGAGACUGUGCCUGCUCAGUGGGGAGGGGGGACUUUUCACUGCUGUCAGCUGACUCCUGCAAGGAAACGUGUCUGCAGGGACAGUUAUGAGAGCCCUGCUCCAACACUGCUCUGCAGAACUGUGAUAAACACCUUUCACAAGUGGCGUCUCUACCUCCCAUCCACACCCAUUCACUCUUAUCCUGUCCCUCUCUGCCUCUCUGCAUGGCACGGAUCAUUUUAGCAUUUUGCACUGUCUUGUAGCUAACCAGCAAAUCUUCCUUUCUUUGCUCCCCAGUGCUGCGGCUUCCCUACUUGUGCCCUCCCCCCUCUCCCUGUUUACCCAUGUUAUAUGUGCAGGGGAUCUGGUUUCCAGCCACAUUGUGCACUGCUGAGCAGAUGCACCCAUGCAAAUUGACGUUCAGGUCCAUGCCUGGAUUGUGCGCACACACGUGCACACACACACA